GGAAAUGGAUCUAACGCAAUCUGACUUACCCAUGGCGUUCAUGGUUGGGCUCAUGACUUCAAUGCGAAAAUAUAGAGGAAAACAAAAACAAAAAUUCCUCUAGGUUUUCUGCAAGUACUCAAAGAAUGUCCGACGAAUAAGCUGCUUAUUUUCCGUUAAAAAAGGGUGGAAGAGCAAGCUGAUGAAAAAGGACCACGUGGGUGUCUCCCUGAAAGGCAAAGCCCAUUCUGCACCAUCAACACAUUUCACACAAUUCUGCAAGGACUUCACUGCCUACCAGUUCACUCUUUCCAGUUUGAGGCCCUAAUCCAAUCCUUAAUUCAAGACCAACAUGGCUUCAAUGGCUUCCUCUUCAGUUUUCUCUGCACCUCUAUAUGGUUUCACCCAAACCAAACCAAGACCUACCCCAAAUCCUUCAUGGGUUUGUUCUUCUCCCGUGGCUUCCCUCUCUCCACUUACCAAAUCCUCAAUUGGGUCCUCUAAAUCAGCGUUUUUCCAACAUGGGUUGUCUCUUAAAUCCUCAAAUCUUUCUGGGUUUAUGUUGAAACCACGAUCUUUCACCGUUCAUGCUAGAGCGGCCACGGAGAAGACAAUUUAUGAUUACACAGUCAAGGAUAUUGAUCGGAAUGAUGUUUCUCUCGACAAAUUUAAGGGAAAGGUUCUGUUGAUUGUCAAUGUUGCUUCAAAAUGUGGUUUGACAUCAUCAAAUUAUUCUGAACUCUCUCACAUUUAUGAGAAGUACAAAACUCAAGGAUUUGAAAUUCUGGCGUUCCCUUGCAAUCAGUUUGGGGGGCAGGAGCCUGGAUCUAAUCCAGAGAUUAAGCAGUUCGCUUGCACGAGGUUUAAAGCAGAAUUCCCGAUAUUUGAUAAGGUUGAUGUCAAUGGACCAAGUACAGCUCCAAUAUACCAGUUUCUGAAAUCAAGCGCUGGAGGAUUCUUAGGUGAUCUGAUCAAGUGGAAUUUUGAGAAGUUUCUGGUGGACAAAAAUGGUAAAGUUGUCGAACGAUACCCACCAACAACGUCACCUUUCCAAAUUGAGAAGGACAUCCAGAAACUUCUGGCAGCGUGAGCAUUGAACUGCACAGAAUAUGUUUGUUCAACACCCAGACCUUGGCGCUAUUGUUCUUGAUCAUUAGAUAACAUUGUAACUAUCUUACAUUUUCAUUCUUGAGUUACAACAUUUUGGUUUACUGGAAAAAAGUGAUAAAAGCAACAAAACAAUGGAGAGAGAGAAUUGGCAUCCUACUUUCGAAGAAGUAUGUAUUUGAGCUAAAUUUUAGGUUGAAAAAUUGUUCUUCUGGAAGUCAGUGACGCUUAAAGUUGCCUGCUUUUGUUCUUUUUUCCCA